UCUUCACUGCUUAUCUGGACUCUUUACUUCAGAUUCACCAUGCCAUCCAACAUUCGCUCUUCUGGAAACUGUGGUUCCCCCUAUCUUGGGAGUCACUGCCGUGUUCCUGUUACCUCAUCCACUACUCUCUAUGCUGCUGGUGUGAACUGUGGUGAUGCUCUCUCCUUGCCCAGUCAAAACAGAACAUGGCUACUGGACAACUUCUCAGAGACAUGUGGUCAACCUUCCAGCUACCAACCAUCCAGCUGUGUGCCCAGAGACUAUAAAAUUUCUUGCUACCCCUCUACUACGUACUGUACCUUCAGGUCCUGCAGAGGAACUGGUUUUUUUCCCAUCAGCUCUUAUCUUUCCAGUUCCUGUCAACCGUCAAUGCAUAAUAGACCUCAGAACUGUUUGUCUAGGCAUUCCCGCUCCCAGAACCACCUCUCUUAUGGCUAUCAGCCACAGAACUUCAUCUCCUGUGGAUAUCGACCCCUGAAUUUUGUUUCUGGCACCUGUAAUCCUGUGAGAUAUCUCUCCUAUGGCUGUCAACCUUUCGGUUAUGCGUCCAGCAGCUUCAGACCCCUGAACUAUGUGUCUAAUAGAUUUCAACCUGUUCGCUACAUACAGAACAGUUUCCAACCAGCUUGUUCUUCCUUUGGGACUCGGCCAUCUCCAUUUAUUAGAAGAUCAUGCUGAAUUGUCAUUCUAGCAUCUUGCUAGAGAGCUUUGCAAAGACGUAUCAUCUUCAGGUUGAUAGAUUGUUCUUAGGUUGAUGGCCUUUGUGCUUUUAGUUCAGUUAUUGUUUUAACCCGUACUCUUACUUGAUCAAAUUCUAAGUGAUUUUAAUUGUUUGUUUAUUCACUAGAAUACUCUUGUUAUCAGGCUUCUUGAUUUCUAUGCCAUUAACAUGUUCUUAUGUAAAAAAAAAAAUGUUUUCAUGGUUAUCUCUAAAUAAACUUGCUUCAAAUAAUUC